GGAGUAAUGAGUAAACAACAUUCAUGAAUUGUCAUUGACCAAGAAACCCUCCUUGAGUUUCUUUUGCCACACUUCUCUCGACCGAAAAAUCAACUGUAGCACCAUCACAGGAGCUGAAUCCCCCCGAAAUAUCUGUACAAGGUCCAGCGAAGGUUCUGCUUACCCUGACACCAAUCAGCCAAUCGAGUAUGGCUCCAACAUACAAGACGGUGGUCCUCGCCAAACGGCCCAAGGACAACAUUGUCCCCGGCGAGACAUUCAGGCUUGUCACCGGCAACCCGACUCCUUCCGCCAAUGAUCUCAAGGAUGGAGAGGUGCUCUUCGAGACCAACUAUCUCAGUAUCGACCCUGCGAUGCGGGGUUGGCUCAACGACACCAGGUCAUAUAUUCCGCCCGUGAAGAUCGGGGAGGUCAUGCGAGGCGGCUGCAUCGGGACGGUCAGGGCCAGCAAGAACCCUCAGUUCCCGGUUGGUAGCUUUGCAACAGCCACAGCGGGAUGGACCGAAUACAAGAUUUGCAAAGGGAACGAGUUGCAGAGGGUAGUCGUCCCCAAGGGUGGGAGAUUGACCGAUGGAUUGAGUGUUCUGGGCAUGACUGGGCUAACAGCUUACUUCGGCAUCAUUGAUGUCGGCAAGGUCAAAGCAGGAGACUUUGUUGUUGUCUCAGGAGCUGCAGGUGCAACAGGCAGUGUUGUUGGUCAAAUCGCCAAGCUCAAGGGCGCAACUGUCUUGGGCAUUGCCGGCAGCGAAGACAAGUGCCGCUGGCUAACAGAGGAGUUGGGCUUCGAUAAUGCUUUGAACUACAAAGACAAGGAAUUCUUCAAGAAGUUUAGAGCUGCCACAAAGGACUUGAUUGAUGUUUACUUUGACAACGUUGGCGGCGAGAUACUCGAUAUGGCUCUCUCGAGAGCAAAGCCACACGCUCGCUUUGUCAUGUGCGGAGGUAUCAGCCAGUACAACUCCUCUAAACCCCAGGGACCAAAGAACUAUCUCAUGAUUGUUUCUAUGCGAAUCCGCAUGGAAGGCUUCAUUGUUUUCGACUAUGCAAAGGAAUACCCACGAGCCCUGAGAGAUUUAGCCCAGUGGCUGUCAGAGGGCAAGAUCAAGAGGAAAGAGACCAUCGUCAAGGGCGGCUUGGAUCAGGCAGAGAACGCCUUGAGGGACUUGUACAAUGGGGUGAACACAGGCAAGCUGUUGGUCGAGGUCAAACCCGUUGAUGACCAGCUUCGAGCUUCUCUGUGAGAUUUAUAUAGCCUCGCAGAUGGGCGAGUGGACGAGUCUCAAUCCCUUCCCAGCCGAGAAUAUGCUCAAAAGUUCUAUAUGCCUGCACAUGUUGAGGACCUCGGCCCCCAUAUGCAAAAUGCAAUAUGCACGGUGAGGUCAGUGUAUGAUCAGAGUCAUGAUCUGCCUGCGUAUGGUGAUCGCCGUCCUUUGUCCAUCACCUACUCCGCACUUGCUCCAGGAUCUCGAAGCCGGACAAGGAAUAUGCUCCACCACGAGUGGCUGGAUGUUACCUCAAUGCGGGCACAACAGCACCUUGAUCUGCUACCUACAAGACAUCUCAGGAAACGAAAGGCUGCCCUGGUUCU